CAUCCAUGCGGACAUGCGCUGGGCGGCCGAUGCAUCAGUGUACAUUUUACAUCCCUAGCGCUCGCUCGUUUAGCAGAAGAGAGUUCGUCAUAGAAUUAGCAUUUCUUUGUUUAAAGCCAGGAAUAAUUUAUUUCUCCCUCGGCCGAAGGAAAGCGACCAACUGAUUAGUGCUGCUCAAUAAAUCAGAGGACACCAUCAUGGCUGUUAACGUCUACUCCACAAAUGUGACGUCAGAGAAUCUCUCGCGCCACGACAUGCUAGCCUGGGUAAACGAUUGCCUCCAGUCGCAAUUCUCAAAAAUCGAGGAGCUCUGCACAGGUGCCGCUUACUGUCAGUUCAUGGACAUGCUGUUCCCCAAUUCAGUGCCCGUAAAGCGUGUCAAAUUUCGUACCAAUCUGGAGCACGAGUACAUUCAGAACUUCAAGAUAUUGCAGGCGGGCUUCAAAAAGAUGUCUGUGGAUAAGAUCAUUCCAGUUGAUAAACUGAUUAAGGGACGCUUUCAAGACAACUUUGAGUUUCUUCAAUGGUUUAAAAAGUUCUUCGACGCCAAUUAUGACGGUCGCGACUACGAUCCCGUGACUCAGCGGGGCGGAGUGAAGUUGGGCAAUGGCAACGGACACGGCAGUAACGGAGGCAGUGGCGUGGGCAGCAGCAACAACGAUCUACAUUUGAUGCACCGGCGACCACUGCAGGCUCCAGCUGGUAGCGGACGAGUGCCAGCACGGGUCAUCGCUUCAACUGCAGUCUCCAAGGUGCUGCCACGCACCAACAACGCAGCCCCAGCGAGCAGAAUAACCGCAGGUGCCAACAGCACGGGCACGGUCAAGAAGAACGACGCGAGCAAUUCAGUCAACAAUCAGCAAAUAGAAGAGAUGUCAAACCAGGUCAUGGAUAUGCGCAUAAACCUGGAGGGAUUGGAAAAGGAGCGUGAUUUCUACUUCUCCAAGUUGCGGGAUAUUGAAAUUCUUUGCCAAGAAGCCGAUGACGCCGAGGCGCACCCGAUCAUCCAAAAGAUUUUGGACAUCUUAUAUGCGACUGAGGAUGGUUUUGCGCCGCCUGACGAUGCACCACCAGAGGACGAGGAGUAUUAAUUUAAAACGAGAACGAAAACGUUCGUUCUCCAUUUGCUGCAUACAUAUUCAAAACAUAAGUCAAGAAGCAUCAUGAAGGGGACAGAGUUUAUUAUUCAGACAGAAACCAAGAAGACGUUAAGCAAACGAGAAGACUAACAAAUGCAGUGUUUGAUAUCCUAAGCCGAGGCUGACAACAGGAGCGCCACGUGAUUAAAUAGUUAUUCUUCAAACUUUUCUUUAAUACUAACGCGUCACUGCUCAGAGAUUUUUUUCGAUUCAAAAUUGUGCCCGAGAAAGUUUUGCUGCUGUUGACGAUGAGUGUGAAGAACAUCAUCAACCAUUUCUAUUUAAAUUGUUUGUAUUUUAGCGGAAUAAACGAAACUAAAUCUCACUAUCUAAAGGAAAGCCAGCCUACCCUUUUCAAAAUUCUUCUUUGAAAGCUACACAAACUCCCAACUAAGAAAAUUUGAAUGCUCCGCUUACAAUUUUACUAUGAUUUAGCUUAGCUCUUUGUAUGGCUUACACAUUUAUAAUUUUUUUAUAAGUUAAACUUUUCACUAGCUGACUUUAGUCGUUUUGAGUGUUGUAUGUAGUGGAUCACAAGAGCCGAAUUUGUCUAAUCUGAAAUUAUGUUCAACAAACGGUAUUUUGUACUUUCAAUUUAUAUUUUUAAAUAAUUGGCUUCAUAACAAAAUAAUUGUAUAAAAUAAGUGAAUUUUGCUCUCAAUUUUUUAAGUUCUAUAUUUAUGUGUAAAACAGGCAGAACUCGUUAAAAAGUUUAAAUAAAACCGAACGUCCUUCUAUUUUCAAA